AUGGCAGUGAUUAUCCUGUUUUCAUUCAUCCUACAAUGCAUCUACAAGAACCAAGCCGAUGAUGAGGGCAUACCAGUCUUCCAGCCGGAGAUCCACAUCUCGCCAGCUACUACGCUCUUCACACCCCCAUUUCACACUCGAGACCGGCAUAUCCAGGAUGCCAAUGGGACGAACAUCAAGUUAGCCAGCAUCAACUGGUACGGAGCCAGCGAUAUCCAUUUCAUCCCAUCGGGACUAGAUGUCCAACAUCGCGAUGACAUCGCACAGUUGAUCUGCAAACUAGGGUUCAACAGCGUGCGACUCCCGUACGCCGACGAGAUCGUGGACAAGAACCCAGUGAUCAAUUCAUCACUGAUUUCAAUCAAUAUGGACCUCCUUGAGACAGCCACGAUCCCCGGCCAACCAACGGCGUUGGAGAUCUACACUGCCGUAGUGGAAAGCCUAACAGCAGCGGGACUGCUCGUCAUUGUAAACAACCACAUCACACAAGCAACAUGGUGCUGCGGUAUCAACCCCUGUGACACGGGCUGGUCCAACGACUGGUUCGGUGGAUCCCUGUUCUGUCGUAUCUCCCAAACCGAAGAGCAAUGGAUUCAGAACUGGGAAACGGUGAUGCGACCGCUCGCACGGAAUCCUCUCGUGCUAGGCGCAGAUCUGCGAAACGAGCCACGAGGGCUAUGGGGUACGUUGGGCUGGAAGGACUGGGCAAGUGCAGCAGAGAAAGCGUCCGAACGGCUACUGGACAUCAACCCAGACUGGCUGAUGAUCGUGGAAGGAAUCUCGUCGGCAAACGAUCUCUCGCAGGUCCGGGAACGACCCAUUCAACUGAGUCGACCGGACCGAGUCGUGUACUCGGCGCAUGUGUAUAAGUGGUCGGGCUGGGGUGAUCUUUACCCCUAUUCUGAGCGAACCUACCGAGAAUUUGCAACCACCAUGGACAACAACUGGGCAUAUCUGCUCGCCGAGCAUAUUGCGCCGGUGUGGGUUGGGGAGUUUGGAAUGCCUGGGGAGCCAUCGGCCGGGGACCAGAACUACUGGAGUCACCUGGUCCAGUUCUUGGGCGCAACUGACGCCAGCUGGGGAUAUUGGGCGCUGAACGCGCGCAAGCCAAAUGGGGAAUGGGAGAGUUAUGGGCUGGUGGGGGAUUCGUGGGAUUGGCCGUCGGUGCGGUGGGAUUCACGAUUAGAUGAUCUGCAGACUCUAGGGCUUGCAAAGUAA